CUACAACGUCUGUAGCCCGUUUGUCGAAAAUAUGAUCAUACAUAAAUCUCAAGGAUAAUUUGUUGAACAACUCCGGUCGCACUAUCGCUUGUAAUGAUUGUAGACUUGGAGGCAGGCACCGUCGCCCGCACAGAGGAGCCGAACUCGGGUGACAGCUGCUGCGGUAAGAAAACUGUUGCCAGUACGCUGGAUCACGAUUUCGACCACGAUCAUCUAGAGGACAAAAAUACCCAACAUUAAGGCUCAAUUUUCAUUCCUCAUCGGGGUUGGUCACUGAGAUCGAAGCGGGCCUCUCCUUCGAGAAAAGGGGAAAACAAAGGGAAAACAAGUAGAGGAGUACUAUGGGGCCCUUCCCGUUCAGAUUCAGUGCGCACUGAGUGUCGACCUUUAACAACAAGAUAAUACCCACACCUUCGCCUCCUGCUCUACAAGUACAGCACCGCUACCCUCGAAAAAAAUGGGCCAACUACACACCCCGUCAUCUUCUACCUGGCCGUCUCGAUUAGCCUGGG